AUGCCUCUAAAACUAGGGAAGGCAAUAGGCGAUCCAGAUGACGAUGACUACGUCGCGCAGGUACUCGCAAAGGAGGCUCGGGAUAGCUCCAUGAAGUACUCUACUCUCGGGAUGGAAGCUUACAUGCCGGCAAGACCUACAAGUUCCGCUCGCAAGCCUAACACGCGGUUUCUUCGCCAUAUCAUCAAAGAAACGGACAACCACAAUGCGGCUCUUAAGAGAAAAGAAGAGAGAGAGGCCCGGGAACGAAUGCGACGGUUACGAGACCAGAGCUCGUCUUCGGCGCAAGCGAGCAGCGGGGAUCAUCGUCAUGGUCGUUCACACAGAUCCGACGAUCGAGAUUCACGACGAAACAGGACGGAUCGGGAAGAGAGACAUCGUUCUCAUCGAAGUUCACGGAAGAGCCGUUCCGAUUCUUUGGAUAGAGACCGGACACGUACGUCCCGCCAUGAGCGGGACCGGAAUGAUGACCGGCACAGGCGUUCUCGGAGGAGUUACCGGCACCAUUCAUAUUCAAGAUCGCGAAGUCGCUCCCCGCGUGGGAAGAACUCCGAUUCUCACGACCGUCGUCUACGCCGCCGAACUCGCUCUAGCUCGCGCUCACGGUCGCCAGAGGCUAAAAAGAAUCUCAAGGAUAUAAAUUCGUCACGCGAUCAAAGAUCCGCGGCAGGGAUUCAGGAUAGGAGAUCUGACGAUGAAUCAGAUCCAUUAGAAGAGCUUGUUGGUCCACUGCCCAAGGAAGAGGCGCCAGUUCGAUCUCGCGGACGGGGCGCAUACAAACCAAAUAACAGCAACAUCGACGCUCAUUUUGCCCCUGAUUACGAUCCGUCUCUUGAUAUACAGCCUGAAGAAGAUGAGGUACAAACAAGCCGGUCUAGUCGCCGACCUGUGGCAGGACUUAUGACUGGGGAUGAUGAUUGGGAACUUGCCCUGGAAGCUCUACGUGACCGGGCGCGCUGGAAACAGAAGGGCGAGGACCGAUUGCGGGAGGCGGGGUUUAAUAGUGAUAUUGUCGAACGCUGGAAGAGCGGGACUCCUGUCGCUACAAGGAGCGAUGAGGGCUUGGUGGAGAACGUCAAGUGGUCUACGAAAAGCGAAGGGAGGGAAUGGGAUCGAGGGAAGUUUGUAGAUGAUGACGGGCAAAUCAACGUCAAGGCUUCAUGGUAG